AUGGUCUACCCAAACAAACAUUUGGAGAAAGUAAUAUCUUUACUAGUCCAAGUUCAACCGCCUAGUAUUUCAAACUAUAAUGAACAUACCUCAAGCCAACGAUUACCAAACAAGAAUUAUGUAGAAUAUUCUUCAACAGUAAAUCCUUCACAUGACUUUCAAUUACCGAAAGUUGAGCAGCCAACUCAAUUUAAAAAUUCAUAUGGCGAACCAAUAGUAAACUCAUAUGCCUUAGAUAUACCUUAUUCAGUAUCAUCUACUGGUGCUGAAUCUCAUAAAGUGAACACGGAAGUACUUCCGGACAGUAACCCAUUAUCAAAUACUCCAAAUGUCUCUAUAGCUUUAUCUAAUCCAGCUCCAUUUAGUCUGAAUAAAGGUAGGAACAUACAUACCUUACAACCUGUAGCCUUACCAAAUUUAAGUGUGUCACCAUUACCACCAAUUUUUAAUGCUCGACCUUUUCGGCCAUUUGCACCAAAAUACUUAAGUCACAGUACGAAAGGAAAUGAUCAAUUAGAUCAACAUAUCAAUAAUCUUAAUAUAGCUAAAAGUAUACCUAUAGCUGAAUUUGUUCACUCUGUUGAAUAUCCAGCAAUAGUCACUCAAUCUCCUGUUAUUGAUAUAGAUACAAAUAAAAUCAAUAAUCAAACAAAAGCCUAUCGAAAUAUUCCUCACAACUUUAUUGUUGACGAUUUUCGUGACAUUUCCCCACAAGCUUCGGAAGACCAUAUUUCUGCGGCUAAUUCUCAUCCCGAUGCAAGUUUUGAAAGUACAGGAGCUGAUUAUGGGAGUGAUCUAUAUGACUCAGGUAUAGCAACUGAGCUAAAGCAAAUGAGCGUGCCCUCUAAUCAUAAUCCGGUGUUUGCUGAUUUAAGAGGAUUAGAAGAUGAAGAUAUUGACAAAUAUCGUACUGAAAGCAACCUACAACAUAUAGAUUCACCAUUACUAUAUCUUAAGCCGAAUGCUCCUCACAAGAGCUUCUCAACCUUCAUUUCUCCUUCUACGCCCAGGAAUGUUAAUGAAUAUGAAAUAUAUGAUGAAGUUGUAACAACAGAAGCUCCACAAGUCACUACCCUUACUAGUGCUUGGGAUGAAAGCAGAAUGUAUUAUGCUCAAGACUCGCCAGAAAAACCAAGUAAUAUAAAUAGAGCCAAAGUUGUCCAAAUUAUUAUUCCUUAUACCAACGCAGAUCAAGAAAAAGAAAAUAAAUACGACAAUAGAGAUUGGCCAUAUACUUUAGAGAAGGAUUUCCGGGCUAGAAAAGUUCAAACACAAACAGAGUCUAGUAAUAGACCAACUGGAAGUUAUGAAUCUUCAUCAACAACAGAACUACCUACUUCUGCUGUAACUGAGUAUUAUAAUUCAGAUAAUAUAAAUACACAACCAAACGAUCAGUAUGAAGUUAAAGAAGCUCCAUUUGAUAUAAUAAGAUUACAACAUACAAUAGAUGCCUGGACUCAACAAGAGUAUACAAAGGAUUACAAAGUACCUAACAAGACCAGGCCUAGCGAAAAAUAUGCUAAGCAAAUACCAGACGAUUUCCUUACCACAUUAAGCCCCUUAACAACUCCAACAGACAAUUAUAACUAUAAUUAUGACUUAUAUGAUCACGAAGGAUCAAGUAGUAUACAAUAUACAGUUAGACAUAAUAAAACAAACAAUAUAUCUCCUAAACCAUUUAUGCAUUAUAACACAAUUGAUCGUAGUAAAAUAAAUCACGAUAGCGGUAAGAAUGAUGAACUGCGUGAAAUACAAAAACUACAUAUUUAUACGGCAGCUUCUAAGUUUAGGAAAUUAACAACGACUCCUCCUCCCUGGGGCUACAUACAAACGUCUAUAUCACCUUUAACAAAAGAAAAGGUUUAUGUAGUCACUUCAAAGCCAUGGAGAGAAAAGUCAAAUUUUUCGAAUGAGGAUGAAUCAAAAGUGCAGUCUAGAUCAUCAAAUGAUGACAUGCCGUUUAAGUCACCAAGAUUUUCGAAUCGGCCUCCAAUGGGGGAACAAUCAGAUGUUUUCACUAAAGGGUGGCACCAAAUUAGUAAGUGUAAAUCAUUGUAGUUUGUAUU